UAAGUAGCUGUGCGGCCUACACCGUCAGGCCUUGACAGUUCCAGAGUUCAGCCUGAUCACAGCUCUGCCUGAACAAGCCGUAUCCGAAGCACCAGCUAUACGUACAGACCUGAGGAGGAGCAACAUGUCCAUACCGGAGUACCCCAGUUCUUGUGACUGCCUUGUUUCGCUUCCUCCAGCUUCACUUUCACCAGUUGUUAUUUUUGCAAAGAACUCGGACCGACCUUGUUUGGAGGUCCAAGAGAUUGUGUACUAUGGGGCUGCCACCCACCCACCAGGGUCAAAGGUCAUGUGUACCUACGUAGAAGUGGAGCAGACACCAAAGACACUAGCUGUACUGUUAAGUCGUCCAGCAUGGUUGUGGGGUGCAGAAAUGGGUGCUAAUGAAAUGGGGGUCUGCAUCGGAAAUGAAGCUGUGUGGACUAAGGAACCUGUAGAAGAGUAUGAUGCUCUCCUUGGCAUGGAUUUGGUCAGACUUGCUCUGGAGCGCGCCCCUUCUGCUAAAGUCGCUGCCAAGGUAAUCACUGACCUGCUCGCCCAGUAUGGACAGGGAGGGAGCUGCAAGGAGGAGCCCCAGCCCUUCAUGUACCACAACACAUUCUUGCUGUGUGACCGCUUGGAGGCAUAUGUGCUUGAGACUGCUGGUCCAUACUGGGCAGUUGAGAGAAUUACAGAGGGUGCUCGGAACAUUUCUAACCAGCUGAGCAUUGGCACCAUGAUAUGGCAGGAGCACCCUCAGCUCCGUUCACAUGCCCUGGCACAGGGUUGGUGGAAUGGCACUGAAGAGUUCAACUUUAGACUUGUCUAUUCUUUAAAGACACAGCCAGUGCGUAUGGAGGCAGCAAAAGCAAGAUACAAGGCCGGGCAAGAACUGCUGCACAAACGAGAAGGGAACAUCACAGAAGAGUCAAUGAUGCAAAUUUUGAGAGAUAAGGAGAGUGGGAUCUGUAUGGACUCUGGGGGCUUCCGUACUACAUCCAGUAUGGUGUCUGUGCUUCCUCGCUGUCCUCAUUCACCUUGCAUCCAUCUACUGACUGCUACACCUGAUCCGUCCAGGUCUGUAUUCAAGCCUUUUGUGUUUGGUCCACGGGUGACACAGGUGCCCUGGGUGUUGUCGCCCACUUUUGGAGAAAAUGACCCUCUCAGGCAAACCCCUCGCUUUCAGACACAUGUGGACAGAAGGCAUGAGCUCUACAAGCAUCAUCAGAAGGCACUCGAGGCAUCUGAAGGAAAUGAGGAUAAUCAAAGGAACCUACAGGACAAGCAAAGGAAGAUGGAAGCUGAAAAUCUUAAACUCGUCAACAAUCUUCUCAGUGGAAUAGAGACUCCUGACCCUUCAGACUUGUCUGAUCUAUUUCUACACUGUGUGGAGCAGGAACUUGCAUUAUACAAGUGAUCUAAGACUAACAUCCUCCAUAAUUCGUACCUGUCAUUCCCAUCUUCAAGAUUUUUCCUAAACUACACCUACUGUCUGGAAUGCUACCCGGAAUAUCAGGUCAAUUCCCAACUUCUCUACCUUCAAACGUGCCUUAAGGGAGUUGUCCAGACAUACCCCCGUUUUCACCCAGGCAGCCCCCCUAAUAUGAGCAUCGGAGCAUUUCAUGCUGGAUCUGGUGAUGUACCUUGCUCUCUAUAGAAACUGCUUAGUGGAGGCUUCCGCCCAGCAGUGAGCCCGGUGAUGUCACCGGCACUAAUGGGUGGGCUUUACCGCUGCCCUAGCCUGUAAAACGGCUAGGGCAGAGCUAAAGCCCGCCCAUCAGAGCCGGUGAUGUCACCGGCAAAACUGCUAGGUGGACGCCUCUGCCUAGUGGUGUUAAAAACAUAAAUAAAAAAGCCGUUCCCAUGUGCGAUCCAGCGCAAAGCAAGGGAGAGCAUCGGAACAUUAGGGGGGCCGGAGGGGUAAAAAUGGGGGCGAGUCUGGGUUCAGCUCUAAACCUGGACAAGCCCUUUAAAAACACAUCUUUUCAGGCAGGCUUAUGCUUCCUAAACUGACUUUUCCCCUACUAACCUCCCCCCCCCCAACUUUUAUUUUAC